UCUCGUCAGGUGUUGUCAUGUCAGUGUUGUCAAUAAAGUGGAUAACAUAAAAUGUAAUUUUUAUUUUAACUAGAAUGAACAAAUAUUUACCUCCUAUUUUAUCUUCUGUAAGUUUCAAUAAGACGCAUUUUAAAUUAUAACUUAUUUAUUACAAUGUUUAUUAAGGAUCCCUGUGGAAUAGUGUGUAUUUUGAUAACAUACAUAGCUGUCUUUUAUGCAGAUUAUGUGAUUAUUAAAUGGGUUGUUCUUCAAACAAUGCUCGACAGCUUAUGGGGCACUUUUAAUGUGGUUAUGUUCAACACCAUAAUAUUCUUCUUAAUAAUAUCACAUAUCAAAGCUGUAGUGACAGAUCCUGGAACUGUUCCUCUUCCACAGGGUAGGAUAGACUUCUCAGAUAUGCAUUCUGAUUCUGGCUGUGAAUUUGUAAAUUGGACAGUGUGUGCUCGGUGCGAAACAUACAGACCUCCAAGAGCACACCAUUGUAGAAUUUGCCAAAGGUGUAUCAGGAAAAUGGAUCACCAUUGUCCUUGGAUAAACAAUUGCGUGGGAGAGAGAAAUCAAAAGUUUUUUAUUCAGUUUUUAAUAUAUGUAGGAACAUUGUCUGUUUAUGCUAUAGCUUUAGUAGCCAUAUCUUGGAUGAAAGAAUGUAAAGACUGUAGUGAAGAUAUUCCAUUAAAAGAAACUAGAAUAUUACACAGCAUAAUACUCCUGUUAGAGAGCGCCUUGUUCGGUCUUUUUGUCGCAGCCAUCCUGAUCGACCAGUUGCAGGCCAUACUUUCCGACGAAACGGCUGUCGAGCAAAUCCAAAAACAGGGCCCGUACAGGCCUUACAAACCGAAGAUGGCGCUGCUGGGUGAAGUUUGCGGGAAGGAACACCCGCUCAUGUGGUUGCUUCCAUGCAGUUCGGUGCCAAAGAAAGUUGACGUACCUCUCAUCGAUCAUCAGGUGUAAGAGUUUGCCUUUAAAAGGUGGUAUAGCCGAAGGUUUCGUUUGAUAGAUGAUUUUAUUUAAGUAGGAAAAGUUUAAAUGAAUUUUAAAAAGUGUUAUAUGCAAUUAUUGUGAUAAAAUCAGUAAAGAGUAUCUUUGCAAAGCAAAAAAGCAGUCUUGUUUGUAAGGAAGUUAGAAAAGUAUGUAUGUUUUUCAUAGGAGUUCUACACUGUUAUGAGUUUUAUAAGUAAUGAAAGCUCUACUCUGAAAGAACAUUUCUUUCUUAGAUUAAUCGAAAAAGGCAUUCUACUAAACGGGUACCGGCUAAACAACAUCAGAUAUGCAGAUGACACCAUAGUAUUUGCAGACAACCUAGAAGACCGAUAGGUCUUGAUUAACAAAAUUACGUAUUACAGUUUAUACCAGUACAAAGCGGAGUCAGACAAGGUGACUCAUUAAGCCCACUGCUCUUUAAUAUAAUAAUGGACGAAAUAAUAGAAGCAGUACGUAAAGGUCAUGGUUACAGAAUGAGGAACAAAGAAAUCCAAAUAUUAUGUUAUGCAGACGACGCCGCAAUAAUCGCCGAGACAGAAGACGAUCUCCAAAGAUUAACACACAUCUUCAAUACAACAGCCAAGAAAUCAUCAUCAUCACGUAGCGCUACAACCCUGGGUGGGUCCUGGCUGACUGUACAACUUUCUUCCAAUUUGUUCGGUUUUCCAUCAACCUAGGGUCAAAUGGGAUGUUCAUUUUUCGGAGAUCUGCUUGGAUGUUAUCUCUCCAUCGCAUUCUGGGACGUCCGAGUGGUCUUUAGCCUGUAGGAAUCUCCUCCCAUACCAGUCUUACAAGUCUCUCGUUAUGAAGUAUGUGCACGUGGCCUGCCCAUCUUAGUCGCUGUGAUUUAAUUUCUUGGAGAAAAUCGGUGUCAUUGUAGAGUUCUUUUAAUUCGAAGUUGGUUCUGAUCCUAUACUGGUUUGUGUUAAUGUCGUGGUGAGAUCCGAAAAUUUUUCUAAGUAUUUUUCGUUCAAAACGUCUGAGCUUUUCUUCGUUUGAUUUGGUCAUGGUCCACGUUUCGCAACCAUAUGUUAGUACAGGUCUGACGAUUUAUCAUCCCCACGUUGGGCGCCAAUGUAACAAAAGACUCCUUUGGUAGUAGUAUUUGUAUGGGGAAAAUGAUAAGAUGAAAGGAGUGAAGAAAGUGGGAUGAACUGAUAAUAAAACUAUGAAUAGAAAAAUGUAAACUGAAUGGAGUUAGACUAACUAGAUAUGCAAGUGAACAACAACUUGACACUCAAGGAUGGAUACGGCCAAUUUUCAUGCCUGUCGAAGACAGUAGAUCAAAAUAAAUAGGGAUGAUGACUAAGAAAGGCAAUAUGAAGAUAGGAAUAGAUGCUCAGAAAAUAGAUAGAUUUCAGCGAAUAUCAGCAGAAAAAACCAAAUGUAUGACGAUAUCUAAAUACCCACUACGAUGUAAAAUCGAAAUUGAUGGGAAAAUAAUAAAGCAGGAAGCAAGGUUUGGAUAUCUGGGAAUAGAUAUGACCAGUUACGGAGAUUUUGAAGAGGAAGUACGACAACAAAGCUUAAAAGCAAGUAAAGCGGCGGGAUCUCUUAAUGACACAAUCUGGAAGAACAAACACCUAAGAUAAACACAAAAGCAAGAAUCUAUAAAGCAGCAAUUAGACCUAUAUUGACAUACACGGCGGAGAGACCACCUGACACAUCUAAAACGAGACGACUACUAGAAACAACAGAGAUGGAAAUACUCCGACGAAUAUCAGGGAAAAGUCUGUUGGAUAGGGAGAGAAGCGAAAUCAUAAGAUCAUGCAAUGUAGAAGACAUAAAUGGAUGGGUGACAAAAUGGAAACAGGAGUGCGAACACAUUAGUAGAAUGGCAGAGGAUAGGAUAGUACGAAUAGCACGAGAUAAAUCACCAAAUGGACGUAGAAGUAUUGGCAGACCAAGAAAAAGAUGGUGCGAUAACUUAAACAAUUUAGGAGGCUAAUAUUGAAGAAGAAACAGGCUUUAAAGUCUACAUACAAGAAGGAAGAAGAACGUAUUACAGUCAACAAUAUGGAUAUUGUUGAAUAUUAUUGACUGUAAACAAUCAAAAUAAACAAUAGAUGCAAUCCUGAGACCAACGUUAAUCACUGAAAGUGGAAAGAAACGUCUACAUCUGCUUUGUUGAUUACAAUGAAGCCUUUGAUCGAAUCAAACAUCAAAAACUAAUAAAAAUUCUCCAACAGGUGGGGUUGAACGAAUGUGAUAAACUGAAUUCGCUCUAUCGAGAUUCACUUUGACACUGGCGUUAGUAAUUUCUUUUUUGGGAAGUUCAGUUGUCAGAAGUGACUGGAAAUUACUACACAACCAACGCACCUGCUCAUAGCCAAUAUUAUUAAUAGUAAACAGACAUAAAAAUAACAUAAACCUUACGCCAAUCAAUAAUUAUUUAUUUACACCAUUAUAAUGCAUUGAUAACAAAUAAGAAAAUUAUUUAUUGUACAAAAUAAAAAUAUUUUGUAGAAAUAAACUCCACAAAAUUUUAUGAGAUUAGUAGACACUCCCAUUAUUUCUAAUAAUUCUUCUUUUUUUGAUGAAAGAUUAAGUUGAUUUAAGCAGUUAAUAGUGUGAGGUAGGAAUUUUUGUGUUGUAUGUUUCCUAUUCCGAAUGUGCCAAAGUGAAUUUCGGUAGAGCGAAUUCAGUUUAACACUAUCAUUUUGCAUCAUCAGAAUCUUAUCUUUUGUUCCUGUAACCGUCCUGAAACCAUAUUGUGAGUGGCAUAUUCAUUGCAUUUGUUGUAAAUACAGGAUGUCCAGAAACUCUACCGACAAACGAAGACAGGAGAUUCCUCAGAAAAUUUUCAGACAAUUUAACCCAAUUCAUCUAGUCCGAAAAUGCUUCCUAAAGGAGCUAGAGCUCUUUGAAGAUGGCGUCUUGUAAUUAGUUUUUCUUAAAUACCUCCAGAACGCUUCUAUUUAGAAAAAAGAAAAUUGGUACGUUUAUUUAUUUUCCAGAGAUAAAUCGAUUUCAUUCAUUGCGAAUAUCUAGUACCGGUCAUAGGCGACCGUUUUGGGUAGGGCAAGGGUUAUUUUAUCGCAUAACUUUUUUGUCUUUACCUUUUGAGCAUUUUUGAUACUGGUUUAUUAAAUUGUGAGGUAUUCUAGUACUAAAAGGUUCUCUUGCUUUAAGUCGGUAGGACACACCGUUUUCUAGAAAAAUCAAUUUGAAAAUUUUUCGUUUUUUGAAUUUGAAAAAAAAUUUAAAAAAAAUCAGCGUAUUUUACCAACUUAAAGCAAGAGUAACUUUUAAUACUAGAAUACCUCAUAAUUUAAUAAUCUAGAGUCAAAAAUUCUUAAAAAUUAAAGACAAAAAAGUUAUGCGACAAAAUAACUGUUGACCUACCCAAAAGGGACGCAUAUGACCGGUACUAGAAAUUCGCAAUUAAUGAAAUCGAUUCAUCUCUGGAAUAUAAAUAAACGUACCAGUUUUCAUUUUUCUAAGUAGUUUUUUUUUUAAUUUUUUUUUUAUAUUCAAAAAACGAAAAAUUUUCAAACCGAUUUUUCUAGAAAACGGUGUGUUCUACCGACUUAAAGCAAGAGAACCUUUUAGUACUAGAAUACCUCACAAUUUAAUAAUCCAGUAUCAAAAAUGCUUAAAACGUAAAGACAAAAAAGUUGUGCGAUAAAAUAACCCUUGCCCUACCCAAAACGGACUCCUAUGACCGGCACUAGAUAUUCGCUAUGAAUGAAAUCGAUUUAUCUCUGGAAGAUAAAUAAACGUACCAAUUUUCGUUUUUCUAAAUAGAAGCGUUCUGGAGGUAUUUAAGAAAAACUAAUUACAAGACGCCAUCUUCAAAGAGCUCUAGCUCCCUUAUGAAGCAUUUUGGGCCUAGAUGAAUUGGGUUAAAAUGUCUUAAAAUUAUCUGAGGAAUCUCCUGUCUUUUUGGGUGCCUUUUGUGCUUUUGUUUCAGGAUUGUGAUUUUGUGAGGUCCUAGUUUAUAUCAAUAUCAACUUGAAGAAUUUGUUCUAGGAUUCUUUCGAUUCUUGUAAGUUUUAUUAAAAUCGGCUUAUUAACGUACUUAGUACAUGAGAAUCUUUAAAUGACCGAAAUAUUUAAAAACGGGUAAAUAAAAGUUGUAAUUUUAAAUAGAGAUCAUACUUUUUUGCUUCCCUACACAACGAGCAAAGAUGCUAUCGAUAUUUUUAUCACCCUUUAUUGGAUACGUUUCAAAGUUUUAAUAAUAUCAUUGAGUAAAAUCACCUUGUUAGACAUAAUUUUCAUUUUUGUACAUUACAUUUAUUUUUUUAUGUGUUUUUAUGUUAUUUACUAUUUUUAUUUACGAAGUGGAAAUCGAAACGUCAAAAUAAACGCAUUUAAAACUAAAAUCGUGUGGUAGUUCCCAAUUAAAAUAGUAAAUAAUAUUAAAAUGUCACCAGAAAAUAGCUUCAGAACAAUAUUUUUAUCGUAUUUUCAUACAUUCUUGAAAGAGACAAUCUAAAAGACACAUAUUAAUUCUCAGGUAUACCAAAAAUCAAAACAUAUUCAGGAAUAUACAGUGGUGAGUCAAAUAAUGCCCUAACAACCGGCAAAAUAACGCAAAAGUUGGAAAGCAUAUUAAGUUGUGAGAUACAGUGGAAUCCCGAUAAGUCAGCCUCCGAUAACCCGGAAGUCCGGCUAACCCGGACCGAUUUUCAUCAGACAAAACAAACAUUUUUUCACUUUGACCGAGUUUUUUACCAAGAGAUAAACAAUACUGUAUAUAACUGUACGUAAUUUAGAUUUACUGUGUAUAUGUAUUUCAUGUUUUUGCAAUUAUAAUGUGUAUUUGUUUAUUAUUUAUAUGUAUUUUAUUAAGUUUUACCAUAUUCUCUAGCUAACCCGGAUUUUCGAUAACCCGGAUCGGCCGCGGUCCCGAUUAAUAUGACUUAUCGAGGUUCCACUUAUAGUACGAGAUAAAGCUAGUUCUACACGUGGCUAGGUGGCUUCAGAUUUAGUCAGACGUAUGACGUCGAAAAAAAUGUUAUUUUAAUGUCCCAUGCCGACAGUGGUAAGUACAGCUGGUUCCUAAAAAAACUGAUACGACUCUUAGUAAGAUUUGAGCAGUGUAUGAUUGGUCUGAUAUUAUAUUAUAUUUAUUAUGACAGACAAAUAAUAAAAUAAACAAAGAAACAGCCAGUUUCUGGCAAAUGCACUAGUAUGCACGCCAAAAGUGAAGAAAGAUGAAGAAAGAAACAGCCAUUUUUUGAGGUUGAAGUUAUCUGACAAAUUUUAAGAUUUGGCAGUGACAGUAUGUAAAUAAUAAGUAUUUAUCCUUCAAAAUAUAAUAAAUUAAAUAUAAUUAAACUCGUAUUCAUUAUAUCACACCUCAUCAAAACCUUUUUACAAGAACAUAGUCAGCAAUUUUGACAUGGCUUAGAGCCAGACUACAUCAAGAUCCCCUAUAAAUCGUGCUGGUAAUUGCCUUGCAGCGAGACCAAAAACAAAAAGAAGAAGAAAGUACACUGCUCAAUUUUCUACAAAAUACGCUUUAAGAGUCGUAUCAGUUUUUUUUGAACCAGCUGUAAUUUAAAUUAAAUUUGGGUUUCUACCGAUAUUUUCACACUUCUAUUAGUUUCAUCUCAUUUUAUUCCACAACGUAUUAUGUUUUCCAUCUUUUGCGUUAUUUUUCCGGUUAUUCAGCGCUCAUCACUAUAAUUAAUUUGUCGCAAAUAUGUUAAUCUCGUUUGAAACGUAUUCAAUAAAAUUACAAAUGAGUGAUUAUUAAAUUUAAAAAUUGAUUAAAUGUUAUACAUUUUAGAGAGAAGUUAUAUUUUGUUCUUAUGGCUAUACCGCUGCCUUUUCGACUUAAAAAAUUUAUAUCUUUCAUACUCUUUGAUACAUUUUGUACUUCUGGCUCUUUUGAUACUGCACUAGGUCUACACACAUUUCAUAACGAAAUUUUACAAGACUUUUAUGAAUUUUCUAAAUCAGACCAACUUGGAAGCCUUUGUUUUGGUUCAUCUAUUACUGCGGUUCUCAACCUUUUUGAAUCAUGUACCACCUACAGUUACUUUUAUUAUUUUUGGUACCACCUAUAUUUUUAGAUUUACGAUUUGACAACGCUGCUGACGAUAAAAUAGAGGAGCCGCGGGCUUGCUAUGUAAACGUUGUGAAUCUAGAUAGUAGGAAGUUUAGUUAUCAUGGAGGCGUGGUCUUGUGAACAACGCGCAUUUACUGUGAAAGCUUAUUACAAAAAUGGUGAAAGUGUUGUGCGUGUACAACAAGCAUUUCGUUUACACUACCAUUUGCCACCUCACGUUGAAGUUCCGUCUAACAUGGCUAUUAAGACUUGGUUUAGGAACUUUGAAAGUAGUGAAUAUUGAAGCGGUGCCAAAUUCAUUACAUGCGAGUCGUAGCAGGGAUCUUCGAGCACUAGCGUGUAAUGAAUUUGGCACCGCUUGAAUAUUCUGUGGUGUGCGGGCAGUUCUGACACUGCCAGUUUUUUUCUGUGAUAUUGAACCACUACUUUCAAAGUUUCUAACCCAAGUCUUGUGAACGGGACGGCAAAUGGUAGUGUAAACGAAAUGCUCGUCACACGCACAAAACUUUCACCAUUUUUGUAAUAAGCUUUCACAGCAAAUGCGCGUUGUUCACGAGAACACGUCUCCAUGAUAACUAAACUUCCCACUCUCUAGAUUCACAACGUUUACGCGCAAGCCCCCGGCUCCUCUAUUUUAUCGUCAGCAGCGUUGUCAAAUCGUACCGUUUCACUGAAUCACCCUUUAUUAUCAAGACUUACUAAGUACUACUAUUUUAUUUUUUUUUUAAGUAACACUAGCAUUCAUAAGUUACACACUCGUCGGAUUUCGCGAUGGAGUGGGAACUAGGGAUAGUCCAGGGCGGGUCUGUUUUGAGAUGGACGGUGAGAGGUGACUCUAAUUUUUGCAGAAAUUGCCUGGAAUUUACUCCUAUAAUAAUAAUUGAGUUAUCCUCCCACUCAAAAAGGUCCAGAACUUUGUUUAAAUAAUCAAAAUGUCAAAAAAUUAAGGAACAAUUCGAUUUUUUUUUCUUCGUUUUUUGAUUAUAACUUUAAAAAUAUUCACUUCCGAGAAAAGUUACACUAAAAUAAAAGUUGCGUAAUUAAAUUUCGUACAAUAUAAGAUUUGUUAAAAUUUUUUAAAAUUGUUACCCUUGUUUGCAAAAUAGCAAUAAUUGCGAAAAAAAAAAACAAAAAACAAGUACAUAUUCGCAUUUUACGUUUUUCAACCAUUUCUGCUACACUUACGACCUUCAUAUUUCACCCCGAAAAACGUUAUGAUAUGAUAAAACAAUACUGUAAAUUUUAUUAAGAUCGGUUUAAUAGAUCUUGCAAAAUAAAUUUUGCCAUCCAGCUUUCGCAAAAAAAAAUCAUUUUUUCAAAAUGUUGCAGCAUUGAAAAUAAAGCAGGCAGUAAGUUGAAUUUUUUUACAUAUAAAAGAAUACUGUACCUUUUGUUUGCAAUUUACAAAAUUAAAAUCGGUUAACUAUCACGGUGUCAGGAAUUUUUUUAAAUAAACAUUAAUUUUUAGUGCUACGCGCAGGAUAGCAGUGUUCUAUUCAAACAAGUUGAUUUCCACCAAAAUUUCUUCCAAUCUUUAUCUAAUAUAUUAUUUUCUUACUCUAUAUUUUGUUGUAUGUUCAUAUUUUAAUUCCAGAAAAAUCAAACUAAUUUGAUUAUUGUUUGUGAAAAAUUGUUUAAACAAUUGCAUAUGUUUAAAAAUAAUACACUUUUAUUUUCUAAGUUAAAAUAUAUGAAAAAAUAAAGUUUUUGCUAAAAAAAAGGGUUAUUUCAAAGGACAGAGUAUGUGUUUUUAUUUUGCAAUAAACAAAUUUAUUUAUUUCGAAAUGCACUAAAAAUUAAAAUUUAUCAAUCAUUAUCAAAGGUCAUUGGAAUGCCCAAUCAGAGCGAACGUAUCAAUCAGCUGUCCUGCGCGAAGCACCAAAAAUUAAUGUUUAUUUAACAAAAUUCCUAACGCCGUGGUAGUUAACCGAUUUUAAUUUUACAAAUUGCAAAUGAAAGGUACAGUAUUAUUUUAUAUGUAAAAAAAUAAACUUGCUGUCUGCUUUAUUUUCAAUGCUACAUUUUGAAAAAAUGAAUUUUUUUUGCGAAAGCUGGAUUGCAAAAUCAUUAAACCGAUUCUUAAUAAAAUUUACAGUAUUGUUUUAUUAUAUUAUAAAGUUUUUCGGGGUGAAAUAUGAAGGUCCUAAGUGUAGCAGAAAUGGUUGAAAAACGUAAAAUGCCAAUACUUGUUUUUUAUGGUUUUUUCGAAAUUAUUGCUAUUUUGCAACAAGGGUGACAAUUUUUAAAAUUUUCAGUUAAUCCUAUAUUGUAGGAAAUUUAAUUACGCAACUUUUAAGUCGGGCUACUUUUCUCGAAAAUGAAUACUUUUAAAGCUGUAAUCAAAAAACCAAGAAAAAAAUCGAAUUUUUCCUUCUUUUUUUGACAUUUUGAUUAUUUAAACAAUGUUCCGGACCUUUUUGAGUGGAAGGAUAACUCAAAUAUUAUUAUAUGAGUUAUUUUCAAGUAAUUUCUGCAAAAAAAUAUGAGUCACCUCUCAACAUCCAAAUGUACUAAUAUUUUUACAGAUGCUCCCUGGUCUAGGAGGCUUUAUUCUAUUUGAACGUAUUAACGCAACGCUGUUUGGACAUUCUUAAAGAUGUGUGUGCCUGAUUUAUAUAUUGCCAGUGUCUUCAAAAAUCCAUAUCUUCCAGUUCAAGUUUUCGCAGUUUUCCAACCUAUGGCCUAUCUUUGACUAAGCAAUUUUUUAUGUUCUAAUUCCACAGUUUACACAGUACAAAAUGAAGUCCAUUGGAUGAAGCUGUGUCUUGAGGUGAGACAUAGAGGUGAUGAAAUUAUACAUCGGGGGCCGGAGCUCUGUUGUCCUAUUCUUGCUCUCUAUUCUAGCUACCAAUUUCACCUACACACCUAACUGUGGUAGUGUUAAUCCAGCUAAAUUUAAAUCAGUCAGUAACAAUUCUAAUAAGUGUGAGACAGGGCGACACUCUCUCACCUAAAUUAUUUAUAGCAGUCCUCGAAUACGCCUUUAAAAUGCUAAAGUGGAAAAAUAGAGGAAUAAAAAUAGAUGGAGAAAUGCUCAAUCAUCUGCGUUUUGACGACGAUAUAGUACUUAUUACCGAAGAUCUGGGUGAAGCACAGCAAAUGCUACUAGAAUUAGAAAACGUAUCUUCAACAAUAGGUCUAAAAAUGAACAUCAGUAAGACAUGACAAAUUUAGUUCCCAGCGAACACCUAACCAUCCAAAAUCAAGUGGUAGAAUUGACAGAACAGUACAUACAUCUCGGUCAUGAAAUCAGAAUAGGCAAGGACAAUCAGACUUGCGAAUUUCAACGACGAAUAACAUUUGCUUGGGCGGCGUAUGGUUCACUAAGAGACAUCUUUAAGAGCAACAUCCCGACAGCUAUGAAACGGAAGACAUUUGACCAAUGCGUUCUUCCUAUUAUGACAUACGGAGCAGAAACUCUCACGCGCACAAAAGCAACAGCACUAAAAAUGCGAGUGGCACAAAGGCGCAUGGAAAAAAAAAGACAAAAAUAACAAGUAUCACUGAUGUCGUUGAACGUAUAGCCAAGCUGAAAUGGAAUUGGGCAGGUCACAUAGCGCGACUGAAAGACUCAAGAUGGACCAGAAAACUAAUCGACUGGCGCCCAAGAGAAGACAAACCAGAAAUGGCAACAAGAAGCACAGAACCGUGAAGAGUGGCGAAGAAUGGGAGAGACCUAUGUCCAGCAGUGGACAGAAGAGGUUGCAUGAUGAUGAUGAAGUAACAAUUCUUAUGGUCGCAUUGAGAGCGGCGUCAACAUGCUGGCGUAGGAGCUUUAUUUUCUUUCAUUUUUGUAAUGUUUUGAUGACUUUGUCCUCUUUUGGGAUGUUAUCUUUCUCUCUUUCGUCUUCCAUGCCUUCGAGCUGGAUUUCAGCUUCUUGCAACCUCAUCUCACUUCUUAUAUUUAGACUCUCCUCAAAAUCUUCUGCCCAUCUUUAUAGUAUCUGGUACUGAUCACCAAGAAACACUUACAAGUACAAAGCAAAAUUCGAAUUCAAAACGCACCAACAGAUACAAGAGAAAUGAUAGAAGCAUUUAAUGCGAUAGAAAGAGCGGCACAAAACAGUAGCCUAAAUAUUAAUGAAAUAAAAACCAAAUACAUGAAUGCCAGCAAAUCGACAGGCCAAAGAAACCUACAGAAUUUGACAAUAAGAGACUAUAACACCGAAAGCGUAAACUUUUUUACAUAUCUAGGUUCACUAGUUACCCCAGAUAACAAUGUCAGCGAAGUUAAGAGAAUAUUAUCUAUAUAUUGCUAAUAAAACAUAAUGGACUAAUUAAACAUCUAAGAUCUAACAACAUCACGAGAAAAACCAAAUGCAAAAUAUACAAAACCCUGAUAAAACCGGUCCUUAUAUAUGGAUCAGAGACAUGGACACUGUAGAAAAGCGAUGAUAACUUAUUAGGUACGUUUGAACGAAAAAUCCUUAGAUACAUAUAUAAGAGGGUGAACGAAAAUGACGUAUGGCGCAGAAGAUAUAAUUUUGAACUAUAUGCAGCAUACAACGAACCCGACGUCAUAACAUCCAUAAAGAUCGGACGUCUGCGCUGGAUGGGCCAUGUUGAAUGGAUGUUGGAGACCGAAACACCAAAACAUAUAAUGAGGCAAACACCAGUAGGGAGAAGGUCAAAGGGAAGACCCAAAGUUAGACACAUGGAACAAGUGGAAUAAGAUCUGAAAACACCCACCAAAGAUUACCCACUGGAAGAACAAAGCAAGGAACAGAACAGAAUGUCGGAAAAUCCUACAACAAACCAGGACCCAAAAAGGGUUGUCGAGCUACUGAUGAUGAUGAUGACUGAUCACCAAUUAACGCCCCUAUUCUGUUUCUAACUAUUGAUGAUAUAGGUUUGAAUUUCUUUCUAUUCUAGUCAACCUUCUCGUUUCCAUUUGUGUGUAAUACUUCUCUAGUUCUUUCAGUUGGUUUUCUAUAUGCUACUUCUUUCAUUUCAGUACUCGUUUUUCGUCUCGUCUCAGCUACCUAUACUCUUCAUCUACUUGUCCCAUCCUUCGUCCUUGGAGGCUUGUAUAUGUUUAAUUUUUUCUUUACGUUGCUUGUGCACAUUCCUCAUCGUACCAAUCCGAUCUUAUUGUCUUCCAAUCACUUGAGUUGUUUCUUCUUCCAAUAUGGUUCUACACUACCUCCAAUAGUUGUUAACAUCUUCAACUGUACCACCUGUAUAGCUCUCUAGCUUCUCUUCCAGACUCUCCUCAAAUUUCUUAGCUAUCGCAAGGUUUUUUAAAGCUUCUACGUUAAACCUUUCCUCUUAAACUCCUCUGACUUUCGUGCAUUGGCGAUUUUAGCUCUUAUUUUCAUUUGGACUAGGUAGUGGUCAGAGUCUAUGUCUUGCACAUACGUUUAUACAGGGUGUCCCCGAAAAUAGUGCGUUCCUUUAAGGUAUGGAUAUAAUACACAAUUUAGAACAAAAAAGUCCUAUAACAUUUUUUUUCUAAAGUUAACCGUUUCCAAGGAAGAAAUUACAUUGUUCUCCAUAAAAGUGCAUUUUUAUUUUCAUAAAUUUGAAUGACAUGGCAACGUAGCCUAGAAGAACUUGCUGUGACUGUGGAAAUUUAACCUAAUAACAACUUGUUUAUUUACCUUGAGGUGUGAUUUUUGGGGUUGUUGACAUCGUAGCUACCUGCAAAAUAAUGGAUAUGGGUUUGGUUGAUAUUUACAUUAUUUUACCUACUAGAUGCAACUGACCUACAAACCUAGACCUUUUAGAUUUUUGAGUUGCGCGUUGUUGCCAGACUUCAAUUUGCAUAUCAAAAUGUAUUUUCGUUUUUUGGUCAAACGGAUCAAUUUAGAAAAAAAUGUUAUAAGACUUUUUUGCUCUACAUUGUGCCUUCUACGUAUACCUUUAAGUAACGCACUAUUUUCGGGGACACCUUAUACAGGGUGUCCCGGAAAAUGGUGCGUUCCUUUAAGGUAUGGAGAGAAUACACAAUUUGGAACAAAAAAGUCCUAUACCAUUUUUUUCACCGUUUCCAAAAAAAAGUUAACAUUGUUUUCCAUAUUCCUGUAUUUUAAUGUUUGGAAAUUUUAAUAAACUGGCAACAUCGUACGCACUACGGAAUAAUAACAGAUAAUAAGAACUCGUUUGUGAUUGUGAUUUACAGUAUUUAUAAUAAUCCAAUCUAAUAGUAGGUAAUACUUAUGGAUUUACUAUUUGUUUACUAAAAUUAUUUUCUUUUGAAACGUAUUGAAAUACCUAUUGCAUAAUUUUAAACGAAUUACACAUCUUUUAACAUAAAAACACAUCUUCUAACUGAACUAGUAUUAUGUGGUUCGUCCACAUAAGUAGGAAUAACAAUUUUUAAUUUUCUUGUUUUUGUAAAGAAUAUUUUAAUUCAUUUUCUUUUCAAUAUUAUGGGACACCCCGUAUAUACGAGUAGGCCAAUACCUAAUUCAGUGAGUAUGUAUUAAUUUUUAUCAUUAUUUUCAAGUAAAAACCUUAAAGUUUUUUGUAUGUAAUUACCUGCCUACUCGCCUCAUUUUAAAAAGACAAUUCGCCAACCAACUCUCUUGGUUAACAGUCACUUACAAUCAUUCCGAAAAGUGUAUAGAAACUCAAUAUAGUCCUCGCGAGUGAUUUAUACUUUAUACUACUCAGCAAUAGCAGUACGAAAAAUAGCAGGCCUGCUCCAGCUUGUGCAACGAGAAAUGACAAGGUAGGAAAUAUUUUUAUUACAAUUUACUUUAAGGUCUGGUUUUUUUACUGUUAUUUUUUUUUAUUCUAUUUUAAAUUCACCCUAUGCUAAACAGUCCACUAAUAAAGCUCACUGAGUUAGUAAU